AGACGACCCAAACGCAUCACAAGGCAAAAUAAGGCGAAUAGGUCCCUCUCUGUUUAGAUAGCAUUCCAGCUAACUUUGCAGUAACCAUGCCAGGGAAAUGUAAAUUCCAGGAUUCCUGGCUGACGAAGGACGCUUUCAAGGACUGGCUGGUCAAAGAUGCCGAUGACAUCCACUUCGCUCGGUGCAGGGCUUGCUGUAAAUCAAUCAAACUUCAGACCAUGGGCGAGGCUGCGCUCACCAGCCACGCAGGCGGAGCUGGACACAAAGCGGCUGUCCGCAAGCUGCUGGAAGGUAGUUUAGGUGGUGAUAUAAGGCAGCUGAAUGGCAAAAUCAAUCAGAUGGAGAAGAGAAAAGAUCCAAUGGCCCUCAGCAUUCAGGGUGAGGCUUUGGACAGAGUCGCAGGAAACGAUUGGUCAGAUCUCCACCAGAGUCCCACUUCAAACUCCAGCUCCCACAAUGCAGAGCUGCAGGAAGGAGCAUUUCCUGUUGCCUACUUCACAGCCCCAGGAACCUCAAGGAGCAUCAACCAUCAUCUUCACCCAUCUGAGAUCAAGGAGGAGGAUGUCAACCGCCGUUUUUCUCAUCAUGACACUGUGGACCUUACAAGAUUUGAACUUGAGCAGCGGACAGAGGCGCUGGAGCAGCUGGAACAGAUGAAGAUCCUGGAGUGGGAAAACAGGAUGAAGGUGCUUGCAUGGGAGCAGGAGCUGGUGAGGGAGAAAAGGAAAGCAGCUCGGCAGAAGCAGAAGGCCUUCAGGAUGAAAAAGGCCUACUACAAGGCCAAACUCAAGAGGUUAGGAGAAGACGUGCCACCAUCCUCCUCUAGCAGUGGUGAAGAAGAAGAAAAGAUAUCUGAGCUUCAUGGUUGAUUUGAUUCCAUUUUUCUGGGAAUGUUUCAUUUCUGUGUUGUUUGUCUUUAACCUUGGGACAUUUUUAUAGAUUUAUACUAUUUGAAGGUAUAGAAGGCCCUGUAGUAAGAUAUUUGGAUUAUUUGAAAUAACCUGAGAGCUUUAAGACUGAAUUUUUUUUUCCCCAUCAAAGACUAAAGGCCAGUUAGCUCCUAACUAGAAACAUCCAGGUAAUCACGCUUGGAUAUGCAUAGUUUGGAAAACCAAUAACUGACCAAUCUUCCUUCCUUACUCCUUUGCCCUUUGUGCUUUUGCUUUCUUACACCUCAAUUCCUCAGUUGGGUUAUUCCUUUCCUUCUCCCCUUUUGACUGCCACCUUCUUUUUGUCCUUUCUUCCCUCCAUCCUUGAUCCCUUCAUUCCCUUCAGGUUAAAAUUUUUUGUCCAGAUAUAUUUAUCAGCUGUUCACAGAGAAAUAUCUGCCACAAAAUCUCAUUGAAUGUUUAAUAUGUUGUAUUUUAAAGAAGAUAAAAGACUGAGUCUGGAAAAACCCAUUUUUUUUUACAGGAGUAGCAUGUAUGGACCCUGAUAAUCUAUUUAUAACUGAUGCUUGGAUUAAAAUGUACAGGUUUGUUUAUACAGCAGCUGGUUCUGUGGCCUCCUCAGACCCACCCUGCUGAAAUGAACAAAUCUCAGUUUUCCAAUCACUAUUACAAUAUUCCAAACACUGCAAAAAAAAAAA